GGUACAUCAUUCAAAAUGCUUCAUGGCUUUAACUCGUUCUUUUGCUUAUUUGUUUGGAUCCAUUUUCUCGGUCACCAUCAAAUUUCUCUGUCACCAAAACACAAAAACACUUUCCCUCAAAUUUUUCAGUGAAAAAGAAAAGAACAAGAAGAAAUGGCUAGUGGGUUUCCGCCGCAGAAGCAAGAGACACAACCAGGGGUACAACAUGCUAUGGAUCCAACUCCUCAGUUCUCUAGUCCUAACUACAAACCCUCCAACAAACUCCAUGGAAAAGUGGCGCUAGUGACAGGAGGAGACUCAGGUAUAGGUAGAGCAGUGUGUCACUGCUACGCGCUUGAAGGAGCGACCGUGGCUUUCACCUACGUGAAAGGCCGAGAGGACAAAGACGCAGACGAGACGCUGCGUUUGCUUCACGAGGCUAAGACAAAGGAAGCUAAAGAGCCGAUCAUGAUCGCUACCGAUCUAGGGUUCGAAGAGAACUGCAAGAGGACCGUUGAUGAAGUUGUAAACGCCUUUGGACGCAUCGAUGUGCUUGUGAACUGUGCAGCUGAGCAGCACGAGGUUUCCAUUGAUGAGAUCGAGGAGGCUAGGCUUGAGAGAGUGUUCCGUACCAACAUCUUCUCACAGUUUUUCUUGGUCAAGUAUGCGUUGAAGCACAUGAAGGAAGGAAGUAGUAUCAUCAACACGACGUCGGUUGUUGCAUACAACGCAGGAAGCUCGAGUUUACUAGAGUACGCUUCUACAAAAGGAGCUAUCGUUUCCUUCACACGUGCAUUAGCUCUUCAGCUUGCAUCAAAGGGGAUACGUGUCAACGGAGUAGCUCCAGGUCCGGUCUGGACUCCACUGAUAACAGCUUCCUUCUCUGAAGAAGCGAUCAAACAGUUCGGGUCAGAGACACCGAUGAAAAGAGCAGCUCAGCCUGUGGAAGUGGCUCCUUCUUACGUCUUCUUGGCUUGUGAACAUUGCUCUUCUUACUACACCGGCCAGAUCCUUCAUCCAAACGGUGGUUCUAUCGUGAACGCUUGAGCUUGUCUAAGGUGUUUCUCUCUGUUGGUAUGGAUGGUAUACGCAUCUAGGAAGUUUGGUACAAAGAAACAGUAUGGUUUAUAUAAAGUAAUGUAGUAUGUGUGUUGUUGUAUGAUGAAUAAUGUAAAAAGAAAUAUCUGAAUAAAUGGUAUGUUGUGUGUUUGGUUUUGUGAGG